GUCUCCCAACAGAAAGUCACUUUAGCGCGUGCAGCGCUGCAGCGUGAAGAAGAGAGGGAGGGAGCGCGCGCUCAGAAAGAGGGAGAGGAGCGCGGCAGCGCAUGAUCACACCGAGCAGUCCGAGCCGAGCAGAAGAAGGACGCGCUCUCAUCUGUGGAGAAGAACUCGACCAGUCUGCUGGACGCCGGCACGCUCCGGACCCACGCGCGCUCAUCAACACGCAGCAAAAGAGCCGUGGAGAGGUGGACCGCUGCGUCUGGAGAAUUCGGAGGGAGAUUUGGGAGAAUUUGAGGAAGUCAGGACAUUUGUUUGGAAACUAUAAUGCACUCUGUUGGAGACCAGAUGAGACACAGACGGGGUGUCAGCGGGCAAUCAGUGGUUCUGCUCUUCAGAUGGGACAAAGUCUGGGCGUCUCGCGCGUCUUUCCGGUCACCUUCUGAAAUGAUGAGCUGUGGAGACGUGCGGGGCGCGCCAGCGUGCGUGUGAGCGACUGACCGACAGUCUUUCUGAGAGACAGAGGCUGGAUAAAAACAGCAGCUGGGAUCCUCGGCAGCGACAGCCAGGCGCGCGGAGCAGACUCCCCUCCUCGCCUCCAGCUCCUCUCAAACAGACAGGAUGCCCGCGGAGCUCCGGGGAGUGCUGCUCCAGCCCAGCCCGAGUUCAUGACGCCCUCCUGGGCGGCUUCGUCAUGCGUUUCUUGCCCGAACCCAGUGCGCAGUCCCUCCGGCUCCUCUUCCUCUUUGUUUUCGUCAUGGGGGUGGCCCCCUCUCCGGCUCUCACUGCCGGCUGCCCAGACAGAUGCGUGUGCGACGACCAGCUGGUGGUCCAGUGCGCCGGGCAGGAUCUCACCCUGUUCCCCAACGACCUGCCCCUCGCCACCCGGCAGCUCAUCAUCUCCAACAACCGCAUCGGGGACCUACCUGCGCUGCAGCUCAACUACCUGUCUGACCUGGUCUAUCUGGAUUGUAGCAACAACUCACUGACAGAGAUCUCCGAGUCUACGUUCGGAAACUUGCGGAAACUCGCCUACCUGGACUUGUCUUUCAACACGCUGCUGCAGAUCGAAGACCGGACUUUCGGGCCUCUGGCGUCUCUGGUGAUGCUUCGGCUGACGGAUAAUCCCGGCCUGGGGGAGAUCCACCCGGACGCCUUCUUGGAGAACAUGGCUCUGCAGGUGCUGGACGUGAGCCGGAACAACCUGACCACCCUGAACAUCAGCAGCCUGAUCGCCCUGCCCGCUCUGCGCUCUUUGGGCCUCAGCGGCAACCCCUGGAGAUGCGACUGCGACACGGAGGACCUCUGUCUCUGGGUGAAAAUAGAAGGGUUCAAGUUUCAAGACGAGGGACAGACAGUUUGCUUCAAUCCUCCUGAGCUGGCGGGCCAGCGUUUGGCGGAAGUAGGCAUGCAGCUGAGAGUGGACUGCCACCAAGGCCUCGGCUACUGGGACUACCUCUUCUUCAUCGCCAUUGGUUUCGUCAUCUUCUCGGCCGGCACGGUGUCGGCGUGGGUGAUGGGGAUCCUUAUGGUGCUCUAUGAGCGCUACACCAAGAGGAAGAGCGAGGAGGUCGACAGCGACGACGAGGACCAAUGGGGUGGAGGUGGGGGAGGCGUCUGCGGGGUCGGAGGAGGGAACCAGGGGAACGGGGAUGUGAGCAAGCCUGGCAUGCAGGUGUGACAGGCUGAUGCGAGACAACAGGACGACAAAUAACAAGCGAGGAAGUGGAGAGGAACCAGAAGUGAUGGGAGGAGUGUGACAUCAAAUGCUACGCUCUGAACUAAGAUCUGCCUGUCUGUCUUUGUUACAGAUUUUAGGUAUCACAGUAUUCUCUUUAACAUUUAGAAAGGUGAGUGUGUGUGGCUGUGCGUUGGCGUGACUGUGAAAGAGAAAGGGAGACAGAAAGACAGCAAUAAGGACGACAAUGCCUUCACUUCAGGAGAACAGAAUGACCUCUGGGUUUAUCAAGAGCAAUAAUCCUGCACACACACACAAAGGGCGUGGAAGAACCUGCAUACACUGUAAAGUGCUCUUUUGCAACACAUUGCAAAUGAUGAAAAUAACAUGACAUGAUGUAUGAGUGGCAUAUCCAACGACACACAUCCGAGACUGACACAGAGAGGAUGUGAAGAAAGCGAUGCCUUAUCUAUCCUGCAGUAGAAAUGGGAAACUGGUACAUUUCAGUUGUUCAAUGUCCCUUUUUCCUCCCUGAAUGCCUUAAGGCAACUCACUUGAAAUAAUCAACAGUCACUGUUGUCACUUAUAGAUGAAAUGUGUCCGAAACACACACACAAUUCAGUCAAAACCGACACAACAAAAAGACAAAAUAGUGUGAAUGUACACGAAAGGAAUGAAAGCAAGGAUUUUAACUACUGAACAGAACUAACAAGAUCGGAGAUUGAUGGUCCCACCCAUACAUCGCUCCUUCUUUUUAAAGAAUCCCUGAGGAGGUUUCUUCUUGUAGUGCGAGUACAGCAACAGUUCCUGUCUGCGAAUGAACACUACAAAAAACACAAACAUAUCAACUUAAGGAACAUGAAUGUAAGAAUGUCCUCAAGGAUAAAAAAAAAAUAAAAAAAAAGGAAAAAACUUCCAUGGGGUACCUUACCAGUAACCCAGUACCAUCCCAAAGCUUUCUCAUCUCACUCUUUGUUUGGUUUUCGCUUUGCUGAUGCAGAAUUUCCCCCAGUUACCGCAGCUGGAUGAGGUUAGCAGAAAACAGCAAAAAUCGAGUUGUCAAUUUGUGGAAAAAUAAAGUUAAGUUCACCUUAAGCUACACCUUAAAAAAACCAUUGGAAAUCAGAAAGAGCUUGUCGAGAAAAUGAGUUUGUUUUCUAUUAGACGACAGAGUCUGAUCCUGUCCUUUAACCCUUUAACACUGUGUUGAUAUUUGUUCGUCUACCAUAACUCUUCAAUCAUUUAUGCAAAUAACUUAAUUCUAGCCUUGCACCGAUAUGCAACACUUUACAGUAGGGAAGUGCUUAUGCAAUUAACGUAAAUAAGCUGAUUUUGUUUAGGAGAAAAGCGGCUUUGCCCCGUUCUAUCGUUGCAAAGCCACUAUGAAAAACAGCUUUUCUACGCAUCAGAAUCACCUGAUUCAUGUUGAUCGCGUAACCCGUCGGAGUUACGGUGUGUCAAAGAGCUUGUGUUAUUUAUGUGUCACCGGCAACAUGCACGGUGUUAAAGCGUUAAACCACCAUUACACAUUGCGACAAAUGCUUCUGACAAGGCUUAACCAUCCCAACUUCUUCAGUAGCUUGUUGAACAAAUUCUUUCAUUUUUAGUCCUAAAUGAUCACAGAAACAGCUAACAUAAUAAGGGAAUUUUGGGUCCUGAUUGAUGUAACGUCACACAGGCUGUGAGGCUAAAACCUGUUCUGUCUGUUCACCUCAUUUAAAGCAGUCAUUUAGUCUGUAACUGACAUUGCGCAGAGAAAACCAUUUGUGUUGGCACUUCUCCCUAAAACAGCAAUAGUGAGAUAAACCAAAAUUACACAAUCUAGUUCCAUUGUGCUUCUGCAGUGCUUCUCUUCAGUUGGACUUUUCAACACGAAUAUUCACUUGCGGAGAAAAUGAUCCAAAAAGUCAUCUUGCUUUUCACCAGCUCCCGGGUCUGCUUCUCAGUCUGGUGUUAAAUUCCUCUUAAAGGUCAUUCCCCCGCAGGCAAAAGACUUCCCACAAUGACACCCAGUGACUGGCAUAACUUGUGUGUACUGUGUUUAUGGCCGACGUCAGGUUUCUGAAUGGCUGUGGUCAAAGUUUGAGCCGCUCUGCAGCUUCUCACCUACAGCUCCAACACGCUGCGGUGGUAAUGGUCUGGGUUCACGGUGGCGGGACUACAGGAGCCGAGCACUCAUUGAAGACUCCACAGACAGUGACUGGACGUUGCUCUGAACGUAACUCAUGUUGCAGUAAAUAAAAAAAAAAAUGCUGCAGUUGAUAGGUGCCAGUCCAGAAGUGGAGCCUUUCUGGUCAUGUGUGCGUGUUGGGGUUUGUGUGAAUGAGUGCAUUUCACCGAAGCAGAGCUUUCAUGAAGCAUUUCCGAGAUCUCCAUGAUCGUCCCCCACCCUGCUCCACUUAUGCCAUGUCCAUCACUUAGCAGUGUGGAAGGAGGACAUGAUGAGGGGCAAACUUGUGGUAGAAGUGACGCGAAGAAAGAGCAGGGUCACUAAGGGAAGCAGGCAUUCGGUAGCUUUAUUCAUUGAUAGUUAUGAUCCGAGUGGAUUAACGCAGCAUCUGAGAGCAAAAAGGGUUCAGGCUUAACUGAGCCUCUCUGUGUGUGCACACACUAUGUAUGGACAGACCGUUGGUGAUGUCUGACCAUUACAUCAAUAAUGACUCAGCAAUAAUAAUGACUCAGCAAAAUUAAUUUUCACAAAGUCUGUGAUUGGUCCUGGAAGAGAGAAUGUCAAUCCUAAUUCCGGUUAAAUGUGUUGAGCUACGUUCACACCGGCCUCGGAAUCACGUGUUCAAGAGACCACUUCCAAGGAAAAGUCAUUUCAGGCUUCCGUUUUUUCAAAACCCUCACGUUCACACUUGCUAUGCCCAUUUUUAAGACUGUUCUCGGGUUCUACGUGCAAAAUGUGUAUCUAUUGAACACAAGUUGAAAGUUAAACCAGUUGAACUUUAAGCAAUCAGGGACUCGGAUUUGGUGGCGACUUAUGGAUAGCAUCCCAUUUAAUUAAUGAGAGUGCCAACCGUUAAAAAAUUGAUUGAGAAAUUAACACUUGCGGUUUGUGUCCGGCUGGAUUUCUAAGACACCAAGUCUUUUAUUUAUUCGGAAUAGAGCCGUGAAAUAAAAACCCUAGAGCAAGCUUGGCGAGAUUUGCACCACUUCGACUUACCGCACCGAGCUUCUUCUAACUGUAGGUUGAUAUAUGCGUUAGGAUCGGGUAGUGACAGUCCAGUGUGACCACCAUAUGGUAAUAGCACGUAAAAGAUUUCACUUUUAGCGUGUUCUCGAACACGUCAUAUGCCCGCAGCAUUAGGUUGGACAAAAUUAGAGAUUUGACCCCUACCAGUAUGAUGCGGGGGUGUGCAGCUGCUUGGCCACAUCUAUUUAUUACAUGAAGCUCCCACCACAGGGUUUAGCCCCCUGUUAGCAUGAAACUCUUCAGUUCUUUGAUGAAAAGAUUAUCUUUGACUUUAGGUAGUCACAAACAUCUCAGCUGAGAUGUUCACUUAUUUGAGACACUUUUCAAAAGGGCUACUCACAGUUGAACAUAGAGAGGUGAAAUUUCCUGAGCUGUCUUAAUGUUAAGGGGUGUCCUGCAAGUCAACUGGUUCUUCACAGUGGAAAACAUUCAAAUCCUUGUUUAUUAUACACUGGUGGUAAUUGGCCCCAAUGGAAUACCUAAAAUAGGCGAUAACCAGGUGUGUACACACAGUCCAUCUUAGUGUACAAUGUGUCUCUCACAUUGUGUGGUUUGAUUUAUCAGACUUUGCCAUUCGCAAAAUGUUCCGUUGUGGAAAUAUGAGAGCUGCUUUAUCUCCAUCAGAAACACACAAACAGGAAUCAAGUCGUCCCUUGCUGUCAAGCACACAAACAUGCACAACGAAACUCAAGGGCACAGCUAAAGUCAGAGCCGCAGGCCUGAGAACAUUAACACUCCUGUUUUGGUCUGUCCUACCAUGCAUCGCUACGCCCCACCGUCCUCCAUCCUCAAUCUGACACCGUCAUCAGCUUUCACACAAUGCCAGCACAAACUCUUGACACACACCUGGACCCAUAAUUCACCUGUUAAAUCUUUAGGCUGUCACUAUCGGGCCAUUUACUCAAAGGGAAGCUUAAGGGAUCUGCAGAUUGCUGGGUUUCCAUCCUUCUUGAGUUACAUCAUAUUCAUAGAAAGACAUGUGACCUACAAGAUCAGGACCUCAGCUGCAUGCCUGGACCGGACCGUGCGCCCGUUGUUCCCUGUUGGGAGAGCGUUGCUGUUUUGUUUGGUUUACCAAAAUGAGCUGUUUUAGUUUUUUACUAUUAGUAAGUAGGAAAAAGGUUAAUGGGUCAGUCAGGACAAGCAAUGGGUAAACUGGAUAGACUGUGACAAAACAUAUUUGCAUUUAUUUCACAGGUAUGUGUGUAGGCCAGUUUAGAACAAUGUGCCUCACUAGGACCUACAUACAAAUUAUAACUCAAAGUGUAAAUCUGAUUAAUCUUGACUGAACAACUUUGAGUUAAUCAGUUAGCACUCCUGAACUGAAAACAGUUUCGGGUUAAAAUGUUGAAUUUCAAAGUGUUUUAUUGAGGGGUUGAUAGAGGAUCAAAGACAGACCAGUAACUUGUCUGUUAUUUCUGGAAAAAAAACUUUUAGAGGAACAUAAAAAAUGAAUUCAAAACUCUAAAUGUAUUACUUGGAAUCUUUAAUGACAGUGGUAAUCCAAGAAGGACUAAUUCAAAUGAGUCAUAUAUGAAGGAAGCAACGUUUUAGCACUUCUCUGACCUCUCAUUUUCUCCUGUCACAUACAGUUGGCGGGUGUUUCUGAAUGUGAGUUCAGAUAAUUAACACUUCACUGCACAGAGGAAGAAAUAUCGUGUUUACUUGUCUUCAGAAAAGCUGUGAUGGUUGAUGAUGAAGCUGCAGAUUGGAUAAGUCCUUGAGGUUGAUUGAAUCCGUUCUUUUUGUGCACAUAGCAAGUAAGAGGUUUUCUGACCCAGACUCCAGCAUACUGAGCCUUCUCACUGACUAAGAUUUUUUUAUAGGUUUUGUACAACAUAGUUAGCAAUAAAAACUUUACAGGAUAAUUUUGCUUUUAUUAAAGCUGGUAGAACAGGUUUAAAGAAGGUUUUAAAGAAUUCUAUAGCAGGCAACUAUGAAAUAACUACAGUUAAAGCCCAAUCACUUGGCAUCUAAUGCCUCUUUAAAAAAAACAGAAUAAAAACUAACUUUUUAACCUCAUCACAUUUUGAUCCAUUUUGGCUCAAAAAAAACCCCACACAAAAUAGUUAUAGCUUUUGUUUUCAUAUGCUCUUUAUUUUAAAGGUUCUGCUUUAUUUGACCUUUGAAGCCUUUUCCUCACAAAUAAUUCUUUCAGUUCAGAUAUUUCUGAUUUUGAGUAAAACGGGUUAAAUUAAGUUUGCAUCAGCAAAAACUAAAGAUCUAAAUCUUUGAGAAAAACAGAAACAGGUCAUCUUUUAAAAGAAUAAAGUCCACUUAAAGUCUUUGAACUGUGUUUAUCAAAUCCACAUAUAAACUUGAACAGGUGAACAAAAAUCAGUUCAGUGGUCUUUGACUUGUUUCUUGACAGAUUCUGCGCUGCUUUUCUGCCUCCAAAAAUCUUUACUUUGCAUUGCAAGCACACUGUCCUAAACUUUAACUCAAGAUGUAACACUUUAAGUUAGCAAACUGACGGCUGAGUUUCUCCAUCUUUUUUAACCAGAUUUCUCACAGAACAAAAGUUAAAUUAAAAAAACUAAUAACAGUAACACACCCAGUUUUCAGAGUUCCUCCCUCAGAUAUUUCGUGUGACAGCUACUCCAGUUGAAGGAAACCCAACUCCAGGUCUUCACUCUGUGACAUACCUGAAAGCUUCACUCAGCUGUUUUUCCAUCAAAACAAACAACCUUCUCUGUAGUUUCUGAGCAGUAGCUCCAUCAGGAUUCUCUAGAUUGAAAUCAAACACAUGAACUUGUUCACAUCUGUUCUUUGUGAUGUUUUGGCUGAGCUGCUCAGCUUCUCUCAGUAAAAAAAAGUUAGAAACAUUUCCAGGAAGCCAUUUUUCCACCACACAAACUUGCAUCCCCCUUUACCAGUGACUAAUGUGAAGCCCAUGACCUUCCUCUUUCUUCCUUCCCCUCUUCUUCCCACUGCUUAGCUGCUCUGCUCACAUCAUCAGGUUGUAAUCCAUCAAACGAGCCUCAGUCCCGCCUGCUGGAUCUCGAAGGUUUCUGAAAGUUUUCUGACUGCAGACUAACACACUGACACAGACAGACAGACAAACAGACAGACGGGUGCAAGGAACACAAAAACCCAAAAGCACAACCGCGAGGCGAGAGCCAAAACAUUUUGGGUUCACACAGCUAUCACUAUGCAGCUCUGUGUGUGUGUGUGUGUGUGUGUGUGUGUGUGUGUGUGUGUGUGUGUGUGUGUGUGUGUGUGCGUGGUUCAGUCUGAUCUAAACCCUUUAUUUCCCUGAGGGCGAUGUUGGAGGGGGAGCAUGAAGCACAUAGUCCAUCUAAUGCAAUAAGUCAAUACUACAUCCCAUCAUUGCACACACAGCACAAACUGCCUUCCAGGGAAAAAAAAAUAUGAACACUUAUUCCUUUUUGUAGAUUCCUCCCUUUAAACAGUUUGAACAGUUUUGCUUCACAUGCAGUAUCCUUUGCACUUGUUGGAACAACAGUGAGCCAAGCUGCAGAAGAGCAGAUGCUCUUAAAAAAAACACUUGUGGAUUGUUAAAUGCUGUGCAGGCAAAGGAAAAGGCUUCUGCAUCACUUACAGGUUUUGCACUAUAACAGUGCCCACACAACACUUCCUUUCAUGACAGUGAUUCUGUAGAUGACUGUGUGGGAUCACAGGAGUGCAGCAUGCCAGGACCUACUUCCCCUUACUCACUUUAGAAUAGGCAGAAAAUUCCAAAAUGAUCAGGAUGAGUCUUAUUCUGGAAACACUCCAACUGACUUUUCAGCAAAUGGUCCUUAUUGAGAAAACACUAGGAUUCAAAUAAAUCAAAAUCAAGACAAAUAUACCCCUUUUGAACACAUUUUAAGCUCUUGAAAUUUAAAUUCUGAUAAAUCAAGCUUUUCAAGUAAAAAAAAAAAAAGUUCAUUUCACAUCCGCUGAGUGCACUGUGUAAUAAAGCAGGACGGUGUGCUGAAAAUGAUCUUCAGACUGAAUUCUACAAAGGUCAGUAGAUAUAUGGAACACUAAAAGACAACUGGGUUUCAACAAUUCCUUUCCUUUUCCAAAAACUCAGCCAAGUGAGGAGUCUGAAUUGGGUUUGAUGCUGUGAAUCGGGGUGAAGCCUAUUCUGCAGACCCAAACUUCCACGAAUCAUUGAAGUUAAAAAUAAAAGGGUCAGAAGAGCAGAAAUGUUUCACAAUUAAAGGACAAUGACCCUAUGCUUGAGAACCACAAUGCACACUCAAAGACAUAUUCCUGAGAAGAAAACAAAAGCCUCCACCAUCUUCACAACCAUACAUCCGUACCUGGUAAUUAGUGAGCUCCAACCUAUCCUUGCCACUACACAUUCAAGCAAAACAUUACUGUGCAAUUUCCUCUGUGUGACUGGCAGUUCUGGCUAUGUGAAACUGCAGUAACUUAUAUUAAGUAAUUUUGGAUCUUUUACUAUCAAUUAAAAUCUUGGAGUGAUGUUUAAA